AUGAUAUGUUUGCACCAUUCGGAGUCUCUGUCGGCCCAAUUGGAAGGUAAAAAUCAAUACGAUGUUAAUUUACAUUUUUAGUAUUGAACAAACACAAAGAGACGGUCGAAGAUGUAUUGAAGACGGUCAGAAAAGACAGUGAGAACACGAUAAACGGUAUGUUAUGUUAAGUAUGAUUAUCAGAGUUUAGAAUGUAAAAAACGGGUAGCAACGGUCGAGAUGUACAACAAGAAAUGUAAUGACGGGACUGAGAUUAAACUGUUAAAGGUAUGUUACACAAAAGAUUUAGCCUUCAAUAAAGUAGAAGCAAGUAACGAUGACGUUUUAGGAAGAAAACGAACGAUUGAAAGCUGUGAUUGAGCAAUUGAAGCUGAAAGAAGACAAAGUAAGUAGAGUAUUGUAAUGUAAAGUUUGACACAACUAAAAUAAGUUUGAGAAUAAGUAUUCAAAGAUAAAUUUUAGAAUGUUGUAAAUAUUACCGCUAUUGAAGCUCCUAAUAUUGAUAAAGAUGAUCAAAAGGAUGACAAAAAAGAUCAAAAAGUAAGUCAGACACUUGGAAACAUGUUGUACUUUGUCUCUGGAGCGAUAUAAUUAGUAGAACUGGGGAACAUAAUGUUGUUCAUGCUAUGGGACAUAGAGUUUAGAAAGUUGUGUUGCUCUGAAGGUAGCAUAUUCGAAAAAGCCAGAGUCUUUUGAGGUUCGCACUGCCAGAAGGGAUUGGUUGGAGGGUCGAAUUCUGGAGGAAUUUGUGGUGUGAAAGUUGUCCGGGGAAUGUUUUGGUUAAAGCUGAACGGGAACGCCAUUUGAGGCUGGGUUGAAUCACACGAUUGCCACUGAAAGAUAGUUUAGCACUUCUUUGGUUUAACAUACUUGACGUUGUACUAGGUAGUUUAGAGAUGAUUCUGCAAGUUGUGCUUCAACUGCCACGUGCUUUUUCAUACGCUUUCUGGAAAAACUUAUUUUUAUCAUGUAAUUUAAUAUAACACGUUCUAAGAUGGUCAACGUAACAUGUUAUAAUUAAAAAAAAUAGUGGUAGAACUUUAUUAUUACUAUACACUAUAAAUGUAGGAUCAAAAAGUGUGGUAAAAUACGAGAACUUAACAGAUUGUCAACUAAAUGUGUACAUAUUUUAAUUCAAGGCUUACCUUCGUUUGUAGUUGCCGUUUUCGAACAUUUCAUUGAAGUUGGGUGCCAGUGUCCAGUAGUUACCUUUUCUGUCGUUCACUGGUCCCACCCCAUCUCUGGCCUUCUUUAUGAAACAGUCGUUGAGAGACAGGUUGUGCCGUAUACUGUUCUGCCAUCCUCGUUUCCUUUUUGAGUCAGAGUGACGGUAAAAGAGGAAACGCUUCUCAAUGUACUGAAAAGUUAGAAAACUCAGAUUAAAAUUACAAAAGUUACUACCAAAUGUACUAAACCAAAGCUUGAAAUUCAGUGUUGUGACAAUGUUAUUGAUAACAAAAUUUCGCGGAAUGUUUUUCUUACAUUGUAAAUUUGACUCAGCGUCAUUUGUCGAUUCGGUGCUGAACUGAUUGCCAUAACAAUCAGAGCCACGUACGAGUAGGGAGGCUUAUCUUGGCCCAGCUCCUCGCUGAAACCGAAAUUAAACAAAAUCGAGAAAAGGAAAAUAUUUUGAUUCGAUAUAAUAACAUACUCGAGUUGUUGUGUUACGUGAGCGGGCGGAUCCGUAGAGCAAGAAGUCAUGUUUGAAUGAAGUGUUUUACAAAACAUUAGGCCAGCCAGAUCAUAGGGCGGGUCAUCCUCAUCAUUUCAGUGAGAACGGAGCGCUCUCUUUUUGGCCAAUCGUUUCGGCCUCGGUUACGGUAGACGGUGGGCAAGUUUUGUACAAAGUUAGAUAGAUGAGUGUAAUAUCAGAUCUUUAGCUUUUUGGUUUUAGUCAGGGUUACUCAGGAUGUGAUUUAGAAUUUUUAAGAUGUUUGAGAUAAAUUGUGAAGUUUUAAGACGUCGAGACUUGCAGUUUAGGACUCUUAAUAAAUAGUGUUUAGGUUAGCUCGUGUUUCAAUAGUAGGCUUGAGGUAUUGUAAAGUAAUUUUAACUACAUAGUUUAUACUGUUUUUUUACUGUUUGACCAGUCUUAUUAUUAGGUUUUCAAUUAAUACUGUGUCUCGUUUCAAAGCAACUUUUUGGGGUUAGAAAGCACAGAAUUAUUUGAAAACCUAACCUUUUACAUCACAACAUAAAUAAUGAUGUUUUGAAAAUUAUUUUUGGUGAUUUUUGUAACUACUGAAACGUAAAGUAAUAGUUAUUGGCAGCGACCCAUUUCUCAAACUAUUUAUUUUUACUGCCAUUUUUAUAGGCUGUUUAUAAAAAAACGAAGUUUUAUAUUUAUCGUAUUUUAGCGAUUUUUACGUUUUGUUAAAGGAUUUGUGGAAUUUUUACUUCUUAUCCUAUGAUUUUUCUUUUUAUUUCUAUUGACAUGCAGUUGAACUCCUGUAUAAAGAAUAGUCCAGGGAAGUUUACAACGCACUUUGUAAUCAUAGCCAGGGAUUUAAAAGUUGUUCUUUAUAAAAGGUUUUCGUUAGAUUAAGUUGUUCAUAUAAUUCUGUGCUCAUUAAACCCAAAAAUUUGCUUGGAGAGGGACACACCAUUAUUUGAACAACCUAACACAAAAGUUUGUUAUACUCUUCUGAAAAUAAAAACUGAUCUUUUGAAUUUUAGCUACGAUUUUCGAAAUUUUUAAUUAAGAAACUGGCAGUAAAUUAGGAGUUAAUUAGUAGUCUGAUUUGGAUCCGAAUGUCUUUCUCCAAGACUGACUAUUCUAAUUUCGUGAGAAUAUUAUAAUUAACCUGGAACUGAGUCAGCGCGCUUUAAACAGUCAAUCGGCCCUAUUGUAUUCGCUAUCUGGCCAUCUUCCACAUGCUAAUUGUAAUGGCGGCACUCUUCAAAGCCACGUUGUAAUUCUGUUUUAAGGUUGAAGCCGAUAGCUACGCCAAAGGACCGGAUGUUCACUUUGCUCGACAGCGGCCGAUGAAUGAGAUAUUGGAGUUCAAAAGAGGUCAGGUCCAACAACAAAUACCGGUCGAUAACUGGAUGGAACACAAGGAGCUGGUCAAGAAGUUGGGUGAUAGGGAGAAGGAGAAGGCGGAAGGAAAUGGUAAGGCUUAAUUUACUGUAGUUGAGGUUAUAUUAGACCUGCGAAGAGGCCGGGCUGUGUCAAAUAUUUUUGGCCCAACCUUUGUGACUAAUGUUCCGGCCGGUCUUUUUCUAGGGGUGAGAAAAGGGCCGGGCCCACUUUUUAGGUCCGGCCCGUUUUCUUUUUUUUCUCAGGCCGGCCCGGCCCGGUCAGAACAUUUCUAGGCCCGGCCCGUUUUAAAAAAUUUUAAAACUUGAAAAAUAAACGGAAAUUUGGCUUUGCAUUGUUAUUUUAGAUCAUUUAUGUAGUAUCAUGGUACCCAAUAAAAUAAAAAAACAUCAACGGGGAUUGAAAUUAAAAAGAAUUUAAAAAAUUUAAAAAUUUUUUUGGGCCCGGGCCCAAUUUUCAAUUUUAGCUCAAGGCCGGCCCGGCCCGAUCGUAGGGCCGGGCCUAGACGGUCGGUUUCUCCCUCCUAUCCUUUUCCAAUUCGGUGUGGCCCUUAGUGGGCCUUUUUUUAGGUCUAGGUGGCAUAAACAUUAAAAAAAAUUAUAUUAAAAAACUGCAAGAACUUCUGAUUAUUAAAAAGAGGCUUUUUGUCAUAAGAGUUUUAAAAUUACUGUACCUAGUGCAAUGGAAUAUUAGGUUUUUUGCUAAAUGUUUAACGUUUUUUGACCCCAUUUCUGGAUAGUCAUAAAAAAGAACCUAUAAUAAUAUAAAAAAGGGACGAUCUAUCCAUAAUGACCCAACAAGCCUUUAAUCGGGUUUUCAAACGUUUCACACCUGCUCAUUACGUCAUCAAAAUAUUGGCAACAGUUGUGGCGCCAAUGUUUUAUAAAUCUAUUUAUAAUUUUAUAAUUCAAGAUUAUUAUCCAAUAAUAUCAUAGUUCAAGAACAUUAUAAUUCAUUUUAAAAAUUUUAUAAUUUCUGUCUAAAAAUGUAGGUUUUAUUGCUUAGAGGUGAGAAACAGGCCCGGCCCACUUUUGGGGCCUGGCCUGUUUUUAUUUUUUCUCAGACCGGCCCGGUUCGGUUAAAAAAAAGUUGGGGCCGGCCCGGCCCAGCCCGACUCUCACUCCUACUAAUUCUUUCUUCAAAAAAUUUUAAAAUUGGCCAAAAAAAAAGGGUUUGUGGCCAGUUUUUAGUAUUUGAUAAACAUCUCCGGUCACUCAUCCUUGCCCCGACUUGAAUUCCCUCGGGGCGUGGGGGAUUUAAUUAAACGUUUGUUUGGUCACUUCAAUUGUUUUUUAAUUUCAGUCCAAGACUUUCGGGAUUUGGCUAAGCCCGACGGGCAGGAGGAGGACUACAAAGAGAUGGUAAGGCAUUUUUUACGACAAACAAUCUUACCCUUUGCUUUUAGCACUAG